CUCGGUUUUAAGAUUACUGUUAGUGUUUAAUAUUGCACAGGAACAUGAAGCUCUUAUGGACACAACCUGAUGACAUUUAAGUUCUGCCUUUUAAGACUGUAGAAGAAGAUUUUAUUGAUUUUAAGGAAUAAUUCUAGCAGGAAGUUUGUGAAACACUUUUAUUCCCUUUCUCUCCGAUAGUGAGAUGAGAAGAUUGACUCCAGUAUCACGUCUCUAACUCCUCCAAAGCUUAAUUACCAAGUUACCAAGUGUGGGUUAAACCAAUGAGACGAGUUGAUCGGUCCGUCUUAGAGGUGCUGACAGAGGCCUCCUGAUUCUAGUCUGUAUGCUCAGCUAGGUUAACCACUUCCUGACUCCGACUCUGUACUUAACGCACAUCAAUCAAGUUCUGUAUCACGCUCUCGGAAAGAAUUAUGAUAAACAAAACUGUUAUUUUACCAUGCAGAAUGGUGUUUUGUGCUGCUCUCGCUGCACCACAACAACAACACGUCUGCUGAGCUGCUUUUAAGCCUCGGGAGGUUCCAUCCCUUUUAUUCUUUAAUGAAUCUGAGAGCGUUUUGGUUCAUAUGGCCGCACGCAUCACUUCUCUGCUGCCGAAGACGGUUAGCUUUGUUCCCCCCCCACCAGCUGACUUUAUUUGAGACAAGUGGGACGUUCAGGCGUGACCUCGUCUCCCCGUCCGGUUUCUAAGCUUUUGUUUUAAGAUAUCUGUCCUGAGAAGGAGUCGAGGUUUCAUAUCGUUUGUUUUUAUUUUGGCAUCAUUUCUGCUGUCAGCCUGUAACUGUUAUGAAGCAGCCAAUCACAGGACACCUGCAAUAACAUGGAACUCAUCCUGAGUUACUUCAAGAACUCUUCACUCUGGUUGUGCAUGACGUCCUCCAACUCUAUCUCAAAUGGAUUUUUAUUAUGAUUAAAAUGCUGCGUUGCACUCGUCCUGAUCUCCUCUGUGUCAAGACUCUUCUUCUUUGUACAGGUUAUAAAGGUUCUUAUGACUCAGCAGCAGGUUAUAAAGGUUCUAAUGUCUCAGCGGCAGGUUAUAAAGGUUCUAAUGUCUCAGCGACAGGUUAUAAAGGUUCUGAUGACUCAACGGCAGGUAACAAAGGUUCUAAUGACUCAGCGGCAGGUUAUAAAGGUUCUAAUGUCUCAGCGACAGGUUAUAAAGGUUCUAAUGACUCAGCGGCAGGUUCUAAAGGUUCUAACGACUCAGCGACAUGUUAUAAAGUUUCUGACGACUCAGCAGCAGGUUCUAAAGGUUCUAACGACUCAGCGACAGGUUAUAAAGUUUCUGACGACUCAGCGGCAGGUUCUAAAGGUUCUAACGACUCAGCGACAGGUUAUAAAGUUUCUGACGACUCAGCGGCAGGUUGUAAAGGUUCUUAUGACUCAGUGGCAGGUUGUAAAGGUUCUAACGACUCAGUGGCAGGUUAUAAAGGUUCCAACGACUCAACGGCAGGUUAUAAAGGUUCUUAUGACUCAGUGGCAGGUUGUAAAGGUUCUAACGACUCAGUGGCAGGUUAUAAAGGUUCUAAUGACUCAGCGAAAGGUUGUAAAGGUUCUUAUGACUCAGUGGCAGGUUGUAAAGGUUCUAACGACUCAGUGGCAGGUUGUAAAGGUUCUAACGACUCAACGGCAGGUUAUAAAGGUUCUUAUGACUCAGUGGCAGGUUGUAAAGGUUCUAACGACUCAGUGGCAGGUUAUAAAGGUUCUAACGACUCAACGGCAGGUUAUAAAGGUUCUUAUGACUCAGUGGCAGGUUGUAAAGGUUCUAACGACUCAACGGCAGGUUAUAAAGGUUCUUAUGACUCAGUGGCAGGUUGUAAAGGUUCUAACGACUCAACGGCAGGUUAUAAAGGUUCUUAUGACUCAGUGGCAGGUUGUAAAGGUUCUAACGACUCAGUGGCAGGUUAUAAAGGUUCUAAUGACUCAGCGACAGGUUAUAACGAGUAGGGAUGCACCGAUACCGAUACCAGUAUCGGGUAUGGGGUCCGAUACUGUGCUCAUGUACUCGUACUCGCAAAACGGCUCCGAUACAACGGCACCGAUACCACUUUACGGCAGCGUGACGUUAACCUC